AUGCUCAGGGUAAUGAAGUUGGUCACCGCCUAUAAUAACGCUGAGGAGUGCAAAGUCAGCCGUGACAAGCGUGACGUCGGUGUUGCCACCCAACGUCAGCCUUCAAACGUUCACCAGACCUACCAAAAAGCCCGUGCCCGCGAUUCUCCCAGCCAGAAUGUGCGCGACCCUGUCAGAGAGCGUGCCCAGGCCAACUAUGCUGCAGUGCUUGAUGAAUUGCACAACAAGUUCAAGGGACUCAAAGAGGGUUGCUUCCCACGACCCAAAGGAUGUCUAUGUGUAAUCGGUAAGACAACCGAAGGACGAGAUAUCACCGAACGUCGCAUGAAAGACGCUGAUUGCAAGUGCAAAGAAGGAGAACGAGGACAUGGAUGCCCUGCAGCUUAA